CGAGGACAAAUAGCUUCCUCUCCAGUCAAGCAACAAGUGAUCAGUUGUACGUUACUUCAACGUUACAUGAAGGUGCAAAACGGAAAUUAAAACAUAAUUCUUUUAUCGUUAUAUGUGGGCCUCCAGGUGAAGGCAAAACAACAUUGGCAGCAAAGCUUAUGUGCGAAAUAGCUGAGCCUACAUCUAGAUUUAAAUUGAAUGAUCCAGGUGAAUGGAAGUGGAUAUUUCCAAGAUGGUCCAAUCAAAUAGUAUUUAUUGAUGAUAUUUUUGGAGAAGGUCUGUUCAGAGAAAGUUUAUUAAACAAAUGGUCAACCGUACUGUCUGAAAUAAAACACCGUGCAAAAUUUCUCAUUUUAACAACAAGGGAUUAUAUUUUGGAACAAGCCAAGAACAAAAUGUCGAUGAAAUAUUUGAACGUUUUUGAGGAGAAGCAUAUACACAGACUCUCCUCCUCAGCAUUGUCAAUAUCAGAAAAAUGUCAGAUUUUAAGAGCUCAUCUUCGGUUUUCAAAAAGAAGCUGUGACAGAAACUUUGUAGAGAAAUGUGUUGGUCUGUAUUAUACGUCUGCGUUAGUAGGUUUCCCGGAAAUAUGUAGAUUGUUUGCAAACAACCAUACACUUUUCAUUAAAGGAUCACCAGUCUUUGAAAAUCCUUCACAUUUUUUCAAGAAUUGUAUCAAAGAUAUCUUCCGUGACGAAAACACAUUUAUUGCAAUGAUGCUUAUAUGGAGUAGACCAAACAAAUCACUCAAUGUACUUGAUGUUGAACGUAAACAGUACAGCAUCUUAAAUGUAGCCUACGCAUUCGGGUACGAAUUGAACAACAGUUCAAAGCUGAAAGUCCUUAAAGCCAUGGAAUUUCACAAGAAAGGGUUUUUGACAUAUAACCAAAAUACUGGCCAUUACACAUUCUGUCACACAAUAGUGAGUGAUAUGGUUGGACUUGUAGCAGGACAGGAACAUACAGGAGCAAUUUUAGAAUAUGCAAAUGAGGAAUUCAUCAUGCAGUACAUAACAACGGAUGCAAAUAAGAAUGAUGACUUUCAUAUUUUCAUUGAAGAAUUUAGAUUUCAGCAACUCAACGAUAAUAUCCGAAGAUGCAUUUCAAUAACACCUAAUCCGGUCGGAUGGAAAAAACCAAACACUGGCACUUCCAUAUAUGGGACGGUUGUCACAUUGCCGACAAAGGUAAAACUCAGACAAAUGCCUUUAUUCAUUGGCGAAGAUACUUUGAAUGCAGCAAUAGUCAAACACGAUUGCUUCAAUAAUAGAAAAUACAUCGAACAUUGUUUGGAACGGUCUAGUUUCCUAUCUUCUCCAGUUAUAAGUUUUCGGAGACAGUUCGGAUACUACGGAGUUGAUGUUGGAGAUAGAUUCCUAACUGUCAAUUUGCCAUUACGUGCACUUUUGUAUGACAAUAUCAUGUUACUUGAUGUCUUUCUUAAACAGAAAACAUUCAACUAUUAUAUGCAAUCCACGAAAGAUUUCUUUUAUGUUGGAAUGCUUAUAGCUGCACAUAAAGGUCUAGUACAUGCUGCUGAUUUAUUAUUGAAACAUGGAGGAAAAGUUUGUGAAGACGCGAUUUUUAUCGCCGCCGAAAACAGUGACAUAAGAAUGCUAUCUUACCUGUUAACACAUCGUGGAAAUGAUUAUUCAUUUGACUCAAAUAUAAUGAAUAAGAAUAGUCCUUUAAUUGCUGUGGCAAAGAGAGGUCUGAUUCCACCAAUGAAAUGCCUUCUUUACCAUGGUGUGGAUAUCAACUAUAGAAAUGCUAAUAAAGCCUCUGCUCUUGAAAAAGCUGUUUUAUACCAGCAAAGAGAUGCAUGUAAAUUCCUAUUGGAAAAUGGGGCAGACGUCAAUGGAAAGGGUGGGAAAUAUAAGAGAACACCUCUUCAUAUUGCAGCUGAUAUUGGUGCUAUUGAAAUAGUUGAGUUAUUACUUCAGCAUGGUGCUGAAGUAAAAAUAAAAGAUUGUAAAGGCCAUUUUCCAAUUUUUUGUGCUGCUAUUCAAGGUCAUGCAGAAACGGUUGAUUGUAUGCUGAAAAAGGACGUUUCACAAGCAAUGUUAAGAAUAUCAUCAUACGGAAGGAAGUCUGUUAUCAAAGGAAUGGGACUUAUGCAUGUAGCUGUUUGGAAAAAUGAUAUAAAAUUAUUAACUAUACUUAUACAAAACAAGGUUAACCCUGAUUCGCGUGACUUUUACGGCCGAACGCCAUUUUAUUGUGCGGUCGAUAGUGGUAGAACGGAAAUAAUGGAUGCACUUUUGUCCGUUUCAAAUGUAAAACUUGCUGAGAAGAACGGAUUCACACCCUUGCAUACGGCAAUUCACCGUAGACAUACAUAUAUAGCUAAACAAAUAUGUCUUUUAUCGGACAUAAAUGCACAAGACAAAUAUGGAAAGACUGCGCUACAUACUGCAUGUGAGGAACUAGAUACUGAAAUAUUUCAUUUGCUCGUUAUGGUUUGUGGUGCAGAUUUGCGGAUACUUACAAAAACAGGGAAUCAAUAAUGAAUAUCUUGCAUGAUACACUCUUGCGUCCAUUACUUUCAAAAUUCAUGUCUCCAAAGAAAUUCAAACACAUGUCUGCGGAAGGAGUGAGAUUCGGAGAACAGAAUCUUAAAACAGAUGAAACCUGGGAGAUCUUUAGACGUAUUGUUGCAGAAAAAGAUCCGCAGUUUGCAGACACAUGGAUAGACGUGUUCGCUCGUAGAAAUCUUCAAAGCAAGUAAUUUUACGACAAAUGAAAGACCACACAUUGUCCAUUUGUAUAUUAGAGUGAAAAACAAUUAGUAAAACUUGUAUUUUUCAGUCUAUAUCUAUGAAUGAAAAGCGUAUACAUCUACAUAUACUUACAAUCCAUCUUUUUAAUGACAAUAAAAAUGUGCAGAAAAAUAUGUACCUACCUUGCACGACUCAAAAGAAAAAGACAGAUAUUAUAAACGAUUAAACUAUAAAUAUAU